AUGGACAUCAACAGGCGAAUGGCAAUGAGGGACACAGUGCUGGCGCUCUUACUCGCUGUUCUGCAGGGAUUUCCUCUCGGGGAAACGGCCCCGAACCCAUCACCUCUGGUUGGAUCCAACUGGGGGAAUCCAAGGAGAUACGUCCACCUGCAGACAUCUACAGACCACAAUAACUUCUACUUGGAGAUCAAAUUAGAUGGCACCGUGCGCAAAACUACAUCCAGGACCUCGUAUAGUGUGAUUCUACUGAAAUCUGAAACAAGGGAUCGCAUCGCCAUCCUCGGAGUCAAAAGCAGCCGUUACCUGUGCAUGGACCUGGAGGGCAACCCGUUCACCUCUCCGGUGUGCCUUCGGGAAGACUGUCUGUUCAACCACAAACUCCUAGAAAACAACCGGGACGUGUACUACUCUAGCCGGACCGGCAUCUUGUUCAACCUAGAAGGUUCCCGACAGGUGUACUCUGCAGGUCAGAACCUGCCGCAGACCUCCCUUUUCCUGCCCAGGAAAAACACGGUGCCGCUGGAGCGCCUCCUGCUGCACAGGGAGAAAAGAAACCGAGGGCAGACAGAAGAGGGCUCGGACUCCCGGGCCGUGCCGGAGGAGCUGGAGGAAAUGGAGGUGGAAACUGAGAUGGAAACUGAGACGGAGGCUGGGGAUGAUGGACGCAACGUAUCCCGGGAGAAACUCGCGGCUCCGUCCAGCCACGACCCCUGGAACGUGCACUCCUCCAACUCGGGAAGCCCCCAGAGCACCGGGACAGUGGGCUGA